CGGGUGAGUGUAUGAGUGGUCGCCCUAUGCAAGAACGAGGGUGGAGUUAAGACUAGAGGUGCAGUUGAUGACAGACAGCACGGAAGGGAGGACGACGACGCAGGAUGAUGAGAUGGGAUAGCUAUGUGAUGAGAGUGCAGCGUUUGAAGUUACGGAUGCUUCAAGUUUCUUCUCGGCCGACAGGUGCGCCUGAGUCUUACGAGUCUCUACUCAUGAGUAGAGUCCAAGGAUACUAUCCGCGGAGUAGAAUAAACCGAGGCACCAUGAGAUAACUGCGAUAUCCCCGUGCGAAAUGCAGAAAGAGUUGAAGGAUUCCCGGCGCUAUGAAGUGAAUAUGCCGACGUCCAGUCCGUGUCUGCGUGUCUCUUCUUGAUCAGUGAUCACCGUAGUAGAGCAGCAUGCCAGUGCUACCUUAUUCAAUCUAGGGCGUACGUAGUAAGGGUCUUUUGCCAAGUUCAGACUAGAAGGCGAAUUGGAAGCUUCUGUCGCAGAGAUCUGCAGCGGUUAAAAACCCUUCGCCCAACUUGUGUGGGCGAGAAUGAGAGUGAAAGUGAGUUUGUGUGAGUGAGCUGUGAGGUCAUGGGUUGCUGACGUAUGCGCCACUCCCCCGGCCCCAAACUCUGAUGAU